CCCCCUCCAACCAAUCAGCUGGUAGGCUUCCCCUCUACGGCUCGUUGACGAGACACACACACAAAGACGCGCGCGCUGACUACCAACACGCACUCCCGACGCCCGUUCUCCUUUUGGCACCUCGGGAAUGCGGCGGUGGUGUCGGACAGGGCGGUGUGUCUCCCAGCGGGGGAGGAGGAGAGACCGGCGCUGAGACGCGCGUCCGGAAGUCCUCCGCUUACCCGUUUUGAGGGGUGCCGGCCGGCCGCCGCUCGCGGCCGCGCGCGUCAGCCAUGGCCGAGAGGGAGUCUGGCGGGACGGCCAGUCCGGUGGUGCGUCAAAUCGACAAGCAGUUUUUGGUGUGCAGCAUCUGUCUGGAUCACUACCGCAACCCCAAAGUGUUGCCCUGCCUGCACACCUUCUGCGAAAGAUUGUCCCCGGGUGCGAUUGGGAGUCGGGAUGCUUUCUGCCGAUACUCAGCAAGCUCCCUGUCCGCCUGUCCGUCUGCGCGUCCGUCCAGCUGCCUGCAGAACUACAUUCCGGCCGAGUCUCUGACGCUGUCGUGCCCGGUGUGUCGGCAGACGUCCAUCCUGCCGGAGAAAGGCGUCUGCGCGCUGCAGAACAACUUCUUCAUCACCAACCUGAUGGAGGUCCUGCAAGGAGAAGCCGAGUGUUGGAGACCCGAGGCCCGCGGCGUCCUGGAGUCGAUCGGCGUGGCGGCGGGGAAACCGCUCGGCUGCCCCAACCACGAGGGGGAGGUGAUGGAGUUCUACUGCGAUUCGUGCGAGACGGCCAUGUGUCUGCAGUGCACGGAAGGCGAGCAUCGCAAGCACGACACGGUGCCGUUGCGUGACGUCGUGGAGCAGCACAAGGCGGCGCUCAGGACCCAGCUGGACGCCAUCCGCGGCAGGGUGCCCCAGCUCACGGCGGCCAUGGAGCUGGUGAGCGACAUCUCCCGCCAGCUGAGCGAGCGCAAGAAGCAAGCGGUGGCGGAGAUAAGCGGCGCCUUCCAGGAACUGGAGCGAGCCUUGGAGCAACGCAAGGCGACGCUAGUGGCCGACCUGGAGAACAUCUGCGGCGCCAAGCAGCAGGUUCUCCAGGCCCAGCUGGCAGACCUCCUCCAAGGCAGGGAUCACAUUCAGAGCGGCUGCGACUUCACCGAGCAAGCGCUGGUCCACGGGAGCGCCGCCGAGGUUCUACUGGUCCAGAAGCAAAUGAGCGAGCGCAUGACGGCGCUGGCGAGACACGACUUCCCGGAGAGACCUCAUCAGAACGCGCACCUGGACUGGCAGGUGGAAACCGAAGGCCUGCGCCGGUCCAUCCAGAAUCUCGGCGUUCUGCUGACCACGCCCGCCGUGGCGCACACCUCGGUGGCCGCGGGGGAGGGUCUACGCCUCGCCACCACUGGCCAGCGCCACGCCAUCACCGUCACCACCAAAGACAAAGAUGGCGAGCUGGUGAGGACAGGAAACGCGCUAUUGGAAGCCGAGAUCACGUCGGCGGCGGACGGCAGCCGCACCGCCGACGCGGAGGUGACGGACAAUAAGAACGGCACCUACGAGGUGGGCUACACAUUGCGCAACGAAGGCGAGUACGCCUUGGCGCUCAGCCUGUACGGCCAGCCCCUGCGCGGCAGCCCCUUCCGCCUGCGCGCCCUCAAGCCCUGCGACGUGCCGCCUUCGCCCGACGACGUCAAACGCCGCCUCAAGUCGCCCGGCGGCGCCGGCGGGCACGUCCGCCAGAAAGCGGUCAGGCGGCCCUCCAGCAUGCACGCCGCCGCCAAGAAGAAGGAGAACCCCAUCGACGACGAGCUCAUCUACAGAGUCGGAUGUCGCGGCCGCGAGCGAGGCGAGUUCACCAACCUGCAAGGCAUUUCGGCAUCUGCCAAUGGCCGAGUGGUGGUGGCCGACAGCAACAAUCAGUGUAUCCAGAUCUUCUCCAACGACGGCCAGUUCAAGAUGCGCUUUGGCGUCCGCGGCCGCUCGCCGGGACAACUGCAGCGGCCGACCGGCGUCGACGUGGACUCCAACGGCGACAUCGUGGUGGCCGAUUACGACAAUCGCUGCGUCAGCAUCUUCUCCCCUGACGGAAAGUUCAAGUGGCGCAGACACCCAUUUUCAACCGCGCCCAUCUACGCAAAUCCCAAAAGAAAGAACACGCUGCCGUGCGCAGAGUUAGACUGCCCUUUGUUUUGUGAGAAAAGCCCAAAUGUGCUUGCUUUUGCGGCGGCGCAGAACAAGAUCGGCUCCGGCCGUCUGCUGGGCCCGAAGGGCGUGGCCGUGGACAAGAACGGGCACAUCAUCACCGUGGACAACAAAGCCUGCUGCGUCUUCAUUUUCCAGGCCAACGGCAAGCUGGUCACCAAGUUCGGAGGGCGCGGCGUCGCCGACAGACAAUUUGCAGCAGAUAAACUGCUUCCAAACGUUAAUAAGUCAGGCUCGGUGUUCAGUCCGCACUUUGUGGCCGUCAACGGCAAGAACGAAAUCGUCGUCACCGACUUCCACAACCACUCGGUCAAGGUGUACAGCGCCGAUGGCGAGUUCCUCUUCAAGUUCGGCUGUCACGGCGAAGGCAACGGGCAAUUCAACGCGCCUACCGGCGUCGCCGUCGAUGCCAACGGCAACAUCAUCGUCGCCGACUGGGGGAACAGCAGGAUACAGGUUUUCGACAGCGCGGGCUCCUUCCUGUCUUACAUCAACACGUCGGGCGACCCGCUUUACGGCCCGCAAGGUCUGGCGCUGACUUCGGACGGAAACGUGGCCGUGGCCGACUCAGGAAACCACUGCUUCAAGGUCUACCGCUACCUGCAGUAGCGGCCGACUCAGCAUCGCGACGCUUCGGCGGGAACCCACCCAAAGCAAAUUGGUCUCUUAUGUCAAAACCUCCAGACUCACUCUUCAAACCUUAACGAGGGGAAAUCAAGCGCUUGAAUCUAAAGGAACAUUUUUUUUUUUUUUUUUUUUACAAUUUUGCCAAAAUACCCAAGCUGCUCCUGCCAAAACAUUUCUUGCACCAACACUGUGAAUCAUGUCAGAGAGGAAUAUCUGCCUGCUGUAAAUGUUUCAUUCAUGUUUCUUUUGUGUUUCUGCGUCAAUGAAACAGCAGCCGACAUCAAACGGGACAAAUAAAGUUUCAUUGUAUAUAUGAAAAACGA